GUCACAACCGGAAACCGUGUCGGCGACAGGUGCGGCUCCGCUCCCGGCGACAGCGAAAACAACUGGAGCAAGUUAACGGGACUCUCGGUUUCUCCAGGGCGCCAUGAUGCACCGACUGUCGCUCGUGUUUCUGGCCGCUGUCGGGGCGUCGGUUGUCGGCCCCCCGAGGUCCGACGCCUCCCCGCCGGCGGCCGGGCCCUGCCUCGCCCCGCUGCAGUGGGAGGGCCGCUGGGUGCUGUACGACCACGGCACCGGGAGGAACCAGCGCGCCGCCGUCUCCUACGACGGCCCGAACCAGAGGCUCCGGGUUCUGCAGCAGCACAAGAAGCACACCCCGUGUCAGAAGUUUUUUGAGUACAUCUACCUGUACCAGAGCAUGGUGAUGUUCCAGAUUGACCAGAAGACCAAGAACUGCUCUAAGAUCGCUCUGACGGAGGCCUGGGAUCCCUUCGACAUCCCUGACAACUCCACCUUCGAGGACCAGUACUUCAUUGGUGGCCCUGGGGACAGCGUGGAGGUUCAGGAGUGGUCGGACAGGAAGCCGGCGCGCAAGCAUGAGACCUGGGUGGGCGUUUACACCUUGAAGGACUGCUAUCCCGUGCAGGAGACCUACAUCAGGAACAGCAGCGUCACCACCUCCACCCGCUUCUUCAACCUCCAGCUGGGCAUCAGCGACCCCAACAUCUUCACCCCGCCCAGCACCUGUCAAUCAGCUCAGCCCGAGAGGAUGGCAGAGUCUGACUGCUGAGGCGUUGCCAGCCCUCACCUUUGACCUUAUAGUUGCUGGACAGCGUUCAGAGGCUGAAAUCUCUCCCUCGACCACUCGUCCCCUACUCCCCUGUAGAUGCAGUAAAUUACUUUUUCAGACAAGUUUACCAACCAUCAUCGUUGUGUGUCAUCACCUACACGUGAAAUGUUGCCAGACUGUUAACUAAACAAUAAAAUCUGGGGCAUUACCAAAUUUACACAUGGUAAAUUUAGUGCACUAAGUGUUAAAGGGAGUGGCUUUGGAAAUUGAAUUCAUAAGAGUACACCAAGAGUCUCAUUGACAAAAAAAAGCAUGAAUAAAAUAAUAAUAAAUGGAAAACAAA